CAAUGUUAAAACAACUCGGAGGUUGGAAGUCUACAGCAAUCGCUCUAGCGUAUGUGGAAAAUUCAAUGAAGAAUCGGGAAAAAAUAUAUGAGAAUAUAACUCAUGGAUCAGAAUUCUCUCGAACUAAUCAUCAAUCAUCGAGAUCAACUGAUCCACCACCAUCUACAUCAACUGAUCCACAACCAACUAAACCAUAUACAUUAACAAGUUCAUCAACAAACAUCAUUGAAGCUGAAGUGAUAAUUCCAAUGAAUGAUAAGACAUCUCCAGAUGAUCACCUACACCUGUUUUCACAACAGCUAACAACAAAAAAAUACUUGUAAUGCACAAUAACCGAUCAACAAAACC